UCAGUUUUGUUUCAGUAAUCGGCGCAGCAAGAAGUCCAACUUGAAGUCGAAAUCAGUUGAAGUCGAAGUAAGCACCUGUCGGCGGCUGAAAAGCAUGGUGAUCUUGAGAUUUUCGCGUGUGUUGCGUCAUAAUUGAAAACGAUCGCGGUGUGACACCUUAAAAGGCAUCCCCCAAGUGGUGGCAGACACUCUGCUUUUUUUGGCAACGCAACAACUUCGCCAACGAGUUAAUUAGAGUUCGGGUCGUGCGCUCGGGCAUCGAAUUGUUUGGCUGAUUUAUGUUGGAGCGCUGGACAGCCAUUCCUUGGCCAAAAAAGGCACAGUCUAGCGCUGCAAAUAAAUAAACCAAAAAUUAGCGACAUUUAGUUAAUGCACAUAAAUAAGAUACGAGGCGCGGGUAUGCGAUAUUGCGAGACUCCAAAUUGGGCAAGUCGCUCGUGUGCCGAGAUACCGUGAUCCCAAGAUCCCCAAGAUCCCGUGUGGGCAGCAAGUCUAACAAAGUAACAAUCAAACAAACAAACAGAAAAUAAAUGACGAGUUUAAAUAACACUAACAAUCGGCUUUGCUGAAGCUUUGUUGGUUAAUGAGCGCAACCAUAUUUGGACAGAUCGAAGUCGUCUCAAGAUGCCCGCCCCGCCGGCCACAGUAAAGCCUGCCACUGGUCACACGACCAAGCUCAACAAUGGCAAAUCCAGCAAUAGCAACAGCAACCACACAUUGAGCAACUCCAUCGCCCAUCUGAGCGACUCAAGGACCAAUCUCACUGUCAACACGCCCACCACUUGCCAGCGACUAAGCGAAAUGUUUCGGCGUUCGAUUGCCAGCAGCACUCAGUCCAGUUCCAGGGAAAAUACCUACGAGGAGAUCUAUCCCGGUCCCGAUCCAAAACACAUUAUGGGCUCCUUGGUCUUUUGCAUUCAUCACAAACAGGGCUGCAAGUGGUCCGAUGAGCUGCGAAAGCUGAAGGGACAUCUCAACGCCUGUAAGCACGAUGCCACCCAGUGCCCCAACAAGUGCGGAGCCCAGAUUCCCCGCAUCAUGAUGACCGAUCAUCUCCAGUACACCUGCACGAUGAGGCGUACCCGCUGCGAGUUCUGCCAGAGCGAAUUCUCCGGUGCUGGCCUAGAGGAGCACAACGGAAGCUGCGGCCAGGAGCCGGUUUACUGCGAGGCCAAGUGCGGCCAGCGGAUACUGCGCGGCAGGAUGACCCUUCACAAGUCGAAGGACUGUGCCAAGCGACUCCGUCGUUGUGCCCACUGCCAGCGGGAAUUCUCGGCUGACACACUGCCCUUGCAUGCCGCCCAGUGCCCAAGAGCCCCGUUGGCCUGCCCGCAGAGAUGCGAUGCUGGUCCGAUUCCCCGGGGUGAGCUAGAGGCGCAUUUGCGUGAUGAAUGCCAGUCGCUAGCCGUGUCCUGCAGCUUCAAGGAGGCGGGAUGCCGCUUCAAGGGUCCACGCCAGAUGCUGGAGGCCCAUCUGGAGAGCAACGCCGCCGCUCAUCUCUCGCUGAUGGUGGCCCUCAGCUCGCGCCAGGGUCAGCAGAUCCAGAUGCUCAAGUCGGCGGUGUCCAAGCUGUCCAUCAACUACACAGGCACUCUGUUGUGGAAGAUCACCGACUGGUCGGCUAAGAUGGCCGAAGCGAGGGGCAAGGAUGGCCUGGAGCUAGUCUCACCCCCGUUCUACACCUCCCAGUAUGGAUACAAGCUGCAGGCGUCGAUGUUCCUCAAUGGCAAUGGACCUGGGGAAAACACGCACGUCUCCGUCUACAUAAAGGUCCUGCCGGGAGAGUACGAUGCUCUGCUCAAGUGGCCAUUCUCGCACUCCAUCACCUUCACACUGUUCGAACAGGGCGCCCAAAGUGGCCAGGGAGGCGUGGCGGAAUCCUUCGUCCCCGAUCCCACCUGGGAGAACUUCCAGAGGCCGUCCAACGAACCAGAUCAGCUAGGAUUCGGCUUCCCACGCUUCAUCUCCCACGAACUGCUGCACAGCCGACCCUUCAUCAAGGGCGAUACCGUGUUUCUGCGCGUGAAAGUGGAUCCCAGCAAGAUAGUGGCCGUCUAAGGAGGACCAUUAGUACCGUAGACAUUUACUCGACUUGUGUAAAUACUGUGUAUUUAAAUUUAUGAGUAAAUCCCCUCUAGCCUAGCGUAGUCUAGCCUGUUCAGUCUCAGCGGCAGCUUCGGGCGAUGUUGGCCGGCAGGCGCUAACUGGCCUUGGAAUGCCGUCCGCUGGGCCACUGCGUCAUAGUCAUAUUCGAUUUGUUUAGGUUUUUGCAGUGCUGGAAUUAAACCAAAGCAUAAUUACGCAUAGAAAUACAUUGAGAGCUCAUACAAUUCAUCCAUUAAAGUACGCCUAAGUUUGUGUCUUAAGUCUUUUGUUUAGAGAUUUGUAUUAUUGCGCGCGAUGCGAUCACUUUCAAAAGAUCUUCAAACUAGACCAUACGCUCAAAAUCACUUAGACCAUAAGUUGCAUGUAAAUAGUGUUAAAUUCGGAGCAGCCGCAGCGACCGCAAACCUAGUUUAAGUUGUAGCACGUAGUUAGUUGCCUAAGCGAACGCAUAAGUCAUUAGUACCAUGAACGCGAACAUAAACAUGAGAAUCCAACUUUCAACAUAGUCAAAUAAGUUUAUGUUUAAAAGCUAAGAAGUCAAACAUACAAUAAAUGAAGUAACAAAAUAC